CUAGGUGCCUAUGUACUUCAGGUGAAAGCAACGGAUGCUGAUGAUCCUACAUAUGGAAGCAGUGCAAGAGUGGUUUAUAGCAUUCUUCAGGGACAACCUUAUUUUUCUAUUGAUCCUAAGACGGGUGUCAUCAGAACAGCUUUACCAAACAUGGACAGAGAAGUCAAAGAACAGUAUCAAGUCCUUAUACAAGCCAAGGAUAUGGGAGGGCAACUAGGAGGUUUAGCAGGAACUACAACUGUUAAUAUUACGCUCACUGAUGUUAAUGACAAUCCCCCUCGAUUUCCAAAAAGUAUAUUUUAUGUAAAAGUACCAGAAAGUUCUCCAGUAGGAUCACCAAUUGGAAGGAUAAAUGCUGUGGAUCCUGAUUUUGGAAAGAAUGCUGAAAUAGAAUAUAGCAUUGUUCCUGGAGAUGGUGGGAAUCUUUUUGACAUCAAAACAGACAAUAAUACACAGGAGGGAAUACUAAUUUUAAAAAAGCCACUAGAUUUUGAGACAAAAAAAGCAUACACAUUUAAAGUGGAAGCCUCCAAUAUUCAUGUGGAUCAUCAUUUCAACUCAGUGGGACCAUUUAAAGACACUGCAACUGUGAAAAUAAAUGUAUUAGAUGUUGAUGAGCCUCCAGUUUUCAGCAAGACAUUUUACACAAUGGAAGUGUACGAGGACACUCCUGUCGGCACAAUAAUAGGAGCUGUGACAGCACAAGAUCUAGACAUAGGAACCAGCCCUGUCAGGUAUUCUCUUGAUGCAAAUGAUAUGAACAAUAAUUUUUCUGUUGAUCCAAUUGAGGGAACCAUUGCAACAAAUGAACUAUUGGAUCGAGAGAGCACUGCACAAUUUAACUUAUCAAUAAUUGCAAGUAAAAUGAGCAAUCCACAACUGACUAGUUUGGUACAAAUCAUUAUACAUGUACUGGAUGUUAAUGAAUUUCCACCUGAGGUGACAGUACCAUAUGAAAUAUCAGCAUGUGAUAAUUCCAAACCAGGACAGAUCAUCCAAAUUAUUGGUGCUGCUGACAAGGAUAUGUCACCUGCAGGGCAGAAAUUUUCCUUCAGAAUGCCACCUGAUGGUUCCACAAACCCCAAUUUUACCAUCCAUGACUAUAAAAAUAAUUCAGCUGGCAUAGUUGCUCAGAGACAUGGGUAUAGCCGAAGACAGAAAGAGUUCUAUCUUCUCCCAGUGGUGGUGGAGGACAGCAGUUAUCCUAUUCAAAGUAGUACAAGCACACUGACCAUUAGAGUAUGCAGAUGUGAUUCAAGAGGAGUGGUCCUUUCCUGCAAUGUGGAAGCUAUUUUUUUACCUGUUGGACUAAGCACAGGAGCUUUGAUAGCAAUUUUACUGUGCAUUAUCAUACUUUUAGUUAUUGUAGUACUCUACGUAGCAUUAAGAAGACAGAAAAAGAAGGAUGGCCUAAUGACCUCAAAAGAAGAUAUAAGGGACAAUGUUAUCCAUUAUGAUGAUGAAGGAGGUGGAGAGGAGGACACACAGGCUUUUGACAUUGGUGCCCUAAGAAAUCCAAAGGUGAUUGAAGACAAUAAUGUUCGCAGAGAUAUAAAACCUGAACCUUUGUGUGAGCCUCGUCAAAAACCAUCAGCAGAAUAUAACAGUGACAUCAGAGAUUUUAUUAAUGAAAGGCUUCAAGAGCAUGAUGUAGAUCCAAAUGCUCCACCAUAUGACUCACUAGCUACUUAUGCCUAUGAAGGUUCGGGAUCUGUAGCUGAAUCAUUGAGCUCUAUAGAGUCACUGAGAAUGGAGACAGAUCAGAAUUAUGAUUUUUUAAGUGACUGGGGACCCCGUUUUAAAUUAUUGGCAGAAAUGUUUGGAGAAGAAAAUUAUAAUGCCGGCAACAUUACUUAA